AUGAACAAGAAUGUAGCAUUCAUCGUUUCACAAAUCAGCAACAUUCACUUCACAACCACAGAACGCGAUGUCCUCAUUCGCUUCCUCGUAUUCUCGUCUCGUCUUACCGCUUGGCUCCUCAGUCAAAAGAAUGCUUCACCGUCUACGGUGCAGCGAUGGCAGCUUCUGAUGAGACAGCUCUCGCUCACAGCUAAGCUCCUUCGCGUUGGGAAAUUCACGCAGCAGUUCCGCUUUGCCGCGCGGGGCCUAACGGGUAGACACCAAGAUCUUUUCCUGGGGUACAUAACCGUGAUUCGUCAACUGUUAACGGCUGUAUACAUGACAUGCGAUAACGCUACAGUGCUGAACAGCAUCGGUUUCGUCCCCUGGAAGGGAGCCAAGAUGUUGGAAAGGAGAGCUUUUCGGGUAUGGUUUGCCGCAGGUGUUUGUGGAUUUGUUGCGCAGGUGUACUGCUUGUACCAAUUGAAGACAUCGAAAGCCAGUGAUGAAGAUGAUAGGCGGUCUCUCUUUCGAAAGACAGCUAGUAAGCUCCAAUUAGUUUCUAGCCUGUGUGAUAUCACCGUCUCAUCAGCGGCUGCAGGGCUUGUUCAGUGGGAUGAAGGUGUCGUUUGUGCCAGUGGGAUGCUGAGUAGUUUGAUUGCCGUCUACACGCAGUGCAAACCAUUUCUGCUGAAGCGAUGA